CUCGAUUCGCGAAGUCCCUCGACCCCCGCCUGCAACACUCGCGCGGCAGCACACCACGCUUGACGAUGGAGUUCUCAAUCGAAUCAACAUCGACCUUGUUUGACUCGAGCGGGAAGCCCUACACCUCGUACUCCAUCACCACGCACUACCAGGGCCAACGCUUCCAGGCGCAGCGGCGGUACCGCGAGUUCGUGGCGCUGCACGACGGCCUGCGCGGCGAGGUCUCCGGCCUCCCCCACCACUUCCCCGUCUGGCCCUUUCACCUCAACCGCCUCGCGCCAGAGGUCGUGGACGGCCGCCGCGUCGCCCUCUGCUCGUACCUCUCCGCCGCCCUCGCCGCCCUUCACGGCGGGGUGAUGCCGGCGCGGCUCCGCUCCUUCCUGCAGCUCCCGCAGGCGCAGGCGAACCGGAUGACCGCGCCUGCUGGGCCGUCCGGGGCGGCGCCGCUGCUGCCGCUCGAGAAAAGCGACACGGUCAUCCUCGUGGCGUACCAGCUGCCGCUCACUGUGUCGAGAGCCGAGGGCGGAGGGUGGGAGGUGGAGUGGGACGACGAGUCGGUCCUCAAUCAGCACGCCUUGUCGCUGGGCUGCCGGGUGAUGUGGGUCGGAGGCGUCGGCUGCGCUGUCGACCCCGACGAGGAGGAGGGCCUCGCACAGCUGCUGCUCGAGGGCUACUCUUGCCUGCCCGUCUUCCUGCCCGCCGCGCUGACCGACCGCUUCUACCACGGCUUCUGCCGCUCCUACCUGCGGCCCGUCUUCCACAACCGGAUGCGGCUCCCCGACAGCGAGAACCCGUUCUGCGAGGAGGGCUGGCGGUCGGAGGACUGGCGGGCGUACUCCGCCGCCAACCGAAAGUUCGCCGACACCGUGAUGGAGGUGUACGAGCCGGGGCACAUGGUCUGGGCGCACGACUACCACCUGCUCCUCCUCCCCUCCUUCCUGCUCCGCCGCCACCGCACCGCCCACAUCGGACUCUUCCUGCACUCGCCCUUCCCGGCGAGCGACGUCUUCCGCUCCGUCGCCGUCCGCGAGGAGCUGCUCCGAGCGAUGCUGCACGCGGACAUGGUCGGCUUCCUGCUCUUCGAGUACACGCGCAACUUCCUCACCUCGUGCAAGCGGCUGCUCGGCCUCGAGCACGACCGCAGCCCUCCCUCUGGCGGCUUCUUGGGCGUCGACUUCGGAGGCCGACACGUCAUCGUGCAGGUCUCCACCUUUGGCGUCUCCCCCUCGCUGCUCGAGAACCACUUGCCGGACAGGCUGGCGCCCCCCGCCGCCGCCUCCACCCGCGACGAGCUCAAGGACUUGCGAGCGGAGCUCGACGCGCCGGCCGCCUCGCCGCGGCGGCUGCUCGCCGGCGUCGACUAUCUCGACCGCUUCAAGGGCGUGCAGCUCAAGCUGCUCGCGUGGGAGGCGAUGCUGGCCGCGUACCCGCGGUACCGCGCGGGCCACACGCUGGUGAUGGUCGCCUCGCGCAACCAGGUCAAGCUCGUCGCGGACGCGCGCGACGUGCGGGCCGACAUUGAGACUAUCGUCCGCCGGAUCCGCGCCUCCUACCCGGGCGCCCUCCACUACGCCGAGGUGGAGCGGCUCUCUCUCGCCGCCCGGAUGCAGCUGUGGCAGAUGUCCGACGUCAUCGUCUACUCGACGGUGCGCGAGGCGGUCAACGCCCACCCGCUCGAGUACGGAUUGGUUGAGGAAGCGCCUGACCGCUCGGCGAUGCAAUUUUCAGGCUCGCUCGUCAUGAACCCCUUCUCGACGGAGGCUGUGAUGGGCGCGCUCGAGACGGCGCUCGAGAUGCCGCCGGCGGAGAAGGAGGCGCGCGCACGCAAGGAUUUGGCGCACAUCCGCGCAAACACGGCGGAGGACUGGGCACGCCAACUCCUCCUCCCGCAGAGGUCGCCUUCAAUGAGUGCCCCAUCUCAUGGCGUGGUUGAUGAUGAGGCGCGCCGCUUCCUGACCGACCUCAAGUCGAUGCAGCGCAAGAAGGAGGACCACUGGAUGGCGGUGCUCCUCUCGUAUCGCGCCGCCGCACAGCGCGUCGUCUUGCUCGAUUGGGGCGGCACCCUCACCCCCGCCGACACGGGCUUCUACGACGUGCGCGAGGAGGGCAAGUACGAGGUGCCCUCCUCGGUGCUCACGACGCUGCGGCAGCUCUGCGCCGACCCCCACAACCACGUGGACGCCGCCUUCGGGUCGGUGCCGGGGCUCUCUCUUGCUGUCGAGCACGGCUUCCACUACCGCAUCAAGAGCGGCCCGUGGCAGCAGCUCCUGCCUGGCGUCAACACCUCGUGGCGAGAGGCUGCCGAGGCGGUGAUGGCGGUCUACACCACCCGCACGCUCGGCGCGUACAUGCAGAAGAAGGGCUCCUCCAUGUCGUGGAACUUCUCCUCGGCGGACCCGGAGUUCGGCGCGCUGCAGGCGCGCGAGCUGCAGUACCAGCUGCAGGCAGCGCUCGAGGGGGCCCCGGUGGUGGUGCGGGUGGGGAAGGGGUAUGUCGAGGCGUGCCCCAAGGGGAUCGACAAGGGGGUGAUGGCGGAGCGGUUCGUCGGGCUCGUGGCGGACGCGGCGCGGCGCGGCAGGCCGGCAGAGCCGCUCCAGUUCGUCCUCUGCGUCGGCGACGACUCGAGCGACGAGCUCAUGUUCGCCGCGCUGCAGAAGAGGAAGGACGCGGCGGCCGGCCGAGGCGGCGCCGCACCCGGGCACGACCUCUUCACCGCCACCGUCGGCCGCAAGCCGAGCGACGCCUCCGCCUACCUCGCCGACCACGCUGACGUGGUCGAGCUGCUCGGGAUGCUCUCUGGAGUCGGCUCGUCGCGCAGCAAGCGCUUCGCCUCCGCCGGAGACCUGCAGUCACUCGCGGCGGCGGCCGGCGGGGCGGCGCGGCCGCAGCAGGACGAAAACAGCCGCCCGCCGCCGCUGCGCGAGCAGCCCGUGCGGCGCAGCUCGCAGUCGUACAACCCGGGGGCGUAGCCGCUCCGCCGGGCUGCGGACGGGGAGGGAGCAGCACAGCCGCCGCCGCAGGGCGCGCCAUGCAUGCUACGGGCGCUUGCAGACAAAGCCGGUGACGCCAGGGCCAGCCGCUCCCUGCCAUGAUACAUGAGGCUCGCGCAACGGCGUGCGCGCGCCACCACUUGCGAGAGAAGCGAGGACGCACUGGGAGAGGCAUGUCACACGCUCGUCAGCGUCCGUGUGUGUGUUGUGCUGUGUGUUGUUGGGCGUCCGCUUUUCUUUUUUCUAAAGGUAAGGUAAGGUAA